GGUUUCUUCUGUUCCCUCAUCGUUGGUGCGGCGAUCUCUCUAUAGGUCCAGGCGAUCAGCUCGAUUCCCUAGCGGUUUGGUCGAGGAUUUUCAUCGCGGGAGGUCGAGGACGUUACCGAGGCUAUUGGCUGCACAUUUGAGCGACGAGGGGCGUCAGUGGUGGCCAAAGGAUCAAUGACAUGACGAGUGGCGAGGGUCAGGACGGCCAGUAGGUGCAGUGCAUCGCGAGGAGAGCAGAAUGUCUCGCCAGGGGUCCGUCCCGCCCGUGACGCGCCGCUCGGCAGCCGCUGCAAAGAGUGCUGAGGUACCUGAGGCAGCACAGACACAACUUUACGCGUCGCUCCGCAAACACACGGCGCUUGCUCUCUCUCUCCUGGCCUGCAGGCAGCUGGCGAUGAUCAUUUUAAGGAUGGGGAAGGUACGCAGUGCACUCUGACGCCAUGCGCACCUGACAUAAUGUGUAUGGGCCAUGUGUGUGUUGCCUUCCUGUGUUGGUCAGGUUUGGCUCGGAAGCCCCGCCAGCUGAGGCAGCGUCGUGAGAGGCCAUCCCGGCCCCCCUCGUCUGACGAUGCCGUUGCAGCCGCCGACAGCUCCAAUGCGCAGCACAGGAGUGAUGGCGUCACGACCCGGUCACAGCGAGCGGCCGCCAGCAAUCGGCAGGCAGACGGCGAGUCCGGGAGGCGGCGGAGCACCCGAGUUCGGCAGCGAGCGGCGGCAGCAGCCGAUGGCGACAUGCACGACGAUAGCGAGGGCGGCCGCGACGAGUGCGCUGAGGAGAUGGUGGUGGAUGAUGGGGAGAAGGAGGCUGGUGCCAGUGACAACCACACUGACAAUCCCAAAGAUGGCGACAGCAGUGAGAUGGGUCGUGGCGUCAGCCACGUCGGCCAGCGCAAGCCAUCCGGCGGCGAUUCAACACCCUCGGCAAGGGACGACAAACAACACGCCAGCAGCAAGCGCAGACAGGAGGCCAAGGCCACAUCGGCCAUGUUGCCGCCGCAGGGCGAGCCUGCGGUGGCCAAGUCGAGCAGGAUGCUGGAGGUGCACAAGGAGAUCACCACCAGCAUGCUGCGCGAGUCAAUUCAAGAGCCGGGCGGCCAGGCCGCCGGGGCGUCGAGUGGUGCGGAGGCGAAUUCGAAAAAGAGCGAAAGGGGCGGGGAGAGGGCCGCAGCUGCAGCUGCGGCGCAGAGUGGCGAGAAGGGGCAGCAGAUGGGCCUGAUGGUGAGCAAACAGCACAGGAAGCGUGUGGCAAUCAAUGCGCACAGCUCUUGAGUGAGAUGUGUCUCGUGCCUUUUUGUGUGUGCAUGCAGGAGAGGGCGGAUUUAAGUCGGCAGCUGGUUGAGCUGCGCAACAGGUCGGCCACCAUGCAGCACGAGACCGACUUCCUAAUUCAGGUGCGCAGAAAGAAAGCCGAGCGACAGCAAAGGCGAAACGGUGUCAACCAGAGAUCUGACUGACACUCAUUGCGUGCAUCCCGAUCUUCUCUCGUCGCAUGUUCAGAGCAAGGACCGAAUGCGCAAACUGCUCGCGCAGGAGGAGGACAUCGGUGCGCCUACACAACCUCGACACACACACACACACACACACACGUCUUACUGAAGGCACCCAAUACCUUUCCGUGCCCUUGUAUCUCUUGCCUCAAAUCAGUUGCGGCGAGUCAGGGCUCCGAUAAGGAGAGGGAGGGCGAGAUGAAGACGCACCUCUCCCAGAUGUAUCGCGCCAGACCCCUCUACCACCCACCAGGCGCGCUAGCAGCAGCGGCAGCAGCAUCAGCAGGAGGCAGGCACGACUCCCCCGUCGCCGCAGCAGCGCGCAAGAAGAAGCUCCCCUCUCCCGGCCCCUCUGACAGCGACAUCCGCGCGCAGCAGCAGGCGGCCACGGCCAAGCGUCGGAAGCAGCAGCAGCAGGUGGCCCCCAUGCCGCCCCUCCCCACCCUCCCCAACCGCUUCCUCUUCUCGCGGGACAUCCGCAUGCCGCAACACAACAGAUCCGCAGAGGAGGACAAAAGCAGGGGCCCUGGCGGCAAGCGCGAGUCGGUCGCCAACAUGAUGGGCGGGAUUCGCUUCAUUGCCGGGGGCAUGCCCAUCGCACCACCCACAGCAGCCAGAGACCGUCAUCCACUGCGGAUCGUCCGGCCGCAGGGAGGCGUCAGACCGGGCCCCUUCGCCACAGCCACAGGCGCCUCUAUCCGCUGCGUGCACAUCGACCUCGAGAAGGACCAGGAGAUGGAGAUGGACGACGAAGACGACACCGAGUCUGUCGACCCUCCCCCCCUCGACAAGCGCCUCCCACUGUGGGAUGAAGCCGAGAUGCGGCAGCGCCGGGUGGCCAUGUCGAUGCUGGUGGGCGACUGGGCGUGCAGUCACCCGCCGCCCGGCAGGACCGAGUCAGACCCACAGUCGUCAGAUGACGACAGCGAGGCGGAUAGAGAGGCGGGGGGGCUGCCCGCCGGCUUCAAGCCACCGUUCCCUCUGCUCGAUGGUUCUGUCGUGCGGGAGGGAGGGGGUCAUGGCGAUGAGAGGGAAGGGGAGAGAGAGAGGGAGGGGGAGGGAGGGGCAGAUGAGGGCGCUGCUUCUGGUGGUGGUGGUGGGGAUGCUGGUGGUGACGAUAGCGAGAUGCAUCAGUGGCUGGAAGGAGGUGGGGCAGGCCGACACGACACUCACAGGCAGACAGGCAGAUAGACAGAGAUCGGUCCUCUUCCUGGCCGAACGAACCCCUGUUCGUCACACAUUGUGUGUCUGGUGUGAUUGGUUCAGUUGCGAAGCCGCUGGAGUACCCGCCAGCAGAGACCAUUCGCACGCCAGCCAAGGUGAGGCCACCCUGUGCACAGGCCAAGUCCAACACACACUCACACACACUGCAUUAUGCCGGUUGUGCGCAGUUGGUUCCGUCUCUUCUCACCUGUUGGGACUGGUGCUGCACGGCAAGGUGGGCCACACGGCACCCGACACACGCGCAGACAGACACAUAGAGGUGGCCAAAAGUGGAGGGAAGGCAGUCGGUAGCGAAAGGGUCAGUACAUGAGUGGCCUCGACAUGUGGCGCUUGGUGGUUUGCCCGAGAGGUUAAGGGGUUGGACUUGAAAUCCAAUGGGCCUCGCCCGCGCAGGUUCGAGCCCUGCAGCCGCCGCGUAUGACUCUAGGGUUUCUGGGGUUACAGGGUUCCACCUGGCCUGGGGGGGCCGUUUUGUGACCUCCGUGUCCUUCAUGCGAUCGUGGAUUGUUCUCAUUUCUGUCUGUCUUUGUUCUCUGCUGUGUGUGUGUGUGUGUGUGUGUGUGUGUAUUGCAGUGACUUGUUGGAGCUGCCUGUGUUGAGCCUUGAAGAGUUCGAGGCGGCCAUCUUUGAGGAGGACUCGCCCUACGUGCACGCCCUCUCCAUGCUCCUUCUCAGGAUGAUCGCUAUCGACUGGUCGGCUCUCUCUCCCUCUCUCUCAUUCACACAAGGAGGGAGAGACCUUCAUGCCAGUCGUGUGUGUUGUGAUUUGUUGCGUGCGCAGGACGGGAGAGGGCGCGAGUUACUUCAACGUGAAGCCCCUCAACUACCUCUGCUGGGUCUCACAUGCGCGAGAGGUAUGCAACCAAACACAUACAGACACACACAUACACACACAUACACAUAGCACAUCUGCUGCUGUCUGUCUGGGUCAGCACGUGUCGGAGCACCUCAAGCACCGGCGGAACCUGCUCACAGAGGUAAGCGGCGCGACGCACACACACACGGCCACACAGACGUGUGUGUCUGUGUUUUGGUGCGCAGGACGAGCAGGGCGGGCUCCAACGGCUGGUUGAUGAGCUCGCGUCGGGCGACUACACACAAAUAUCACCCGAAGGUAUACACGCACACACAGGUGCGAUAGAAGGCCACAUAUGUGUGUGUAUGUGCCAGUGCGUAUCGAGUUGCUGGCGCUGCUCGUCGACCAUGCCACAGAGACGGCCGUCUUCAGGUACACACCAUGGCUGACAUACUGGUAGUGCUGGGUGUGGCUCACUCCACCACCCACCCUGUCACCCUGUGUGUGUGCAGGACAUACACGGAGAUGUGCCAGAUUCGCCUCGACCAUCUCAAAGCGGUAAGGCACACAAAACACCACCCCACCGCCAGCACAAGGUGAGUGCUCUGGCUGCGUGAGUGCAGGAGGCGGCCCGUCACCGUGAUCGGCUCAUCGCCAACCAGAAGGACAUCAGACACAUACGUGUACGCCUCCACACCUACACACUCACACACUCAUACUCGCCUGCACAAGAUAAGAUGCACACCUCUACCACUCUUCCCAUAUGCAGGCCUUCAUCCUUUGCCGUCUGCCCAAGGAUCAGCACGAGAGGGUCCGGCAGCUCCACGCGGCAGCACAGGACAGAUACAAAGCCGCACUCAAGGCCCACCGACGCCGCACUGACCCAUUCACGCCGGCCAGCCCGACUGAGGGAGACACACGAGACCACAAGAUGGCCGGCGGCGAUGAGCAUCCUCAGCAGAUGAUGAACGGGGCCUGCGGCGCUGAGGCAGAUGCAGAUGGGGAGGGGGACGGCAUCAUUGCAGAGGACGCCUGUGCGACGUCUGCGGCUACCCAGAACCACCACCACCACCACGAGCAGCAACAUGACGGUCGGCAAAGCAAGAACGGCGCGCCGGUGGGGGCGGUCAAGGACGAGGCGAGAGGGGGUCCGGGAGGUGCCGGCGAGGCUGGCGCUGAGGUGGGUGGUGGGAUGGCCUCGGAUCAGCCGCCAAGGCCCGAGGACUUCGAGCCGACACUCGAUGAGCUCGUGGGCGACAUGCAGCUUGACCCACUGAUGGGUGAGCACACAGACGGAAAUAUGUGUGUGUGGAUGAUGACGUUGUAUCAUGGUUGUUGGUUCUCCCUGUGUAUGUGCGUGCGUGUGUGGCAGUGGACAAGAAGCGCGCCCACGAGAGGCUGCUGGAGGAGAGAAGCAAGCUCCUGACCAUGCUCAAGACAUGGGUACCCAAAGCACAUUGCACUCACGAAGACGCAGAAGCAUGAUCAUCAUUCCCCUCUCUCUUGCCGUCUCUCUCGUGUGUGUGUAUGUCUUCGUCACCUUUGCCUGCAGGACUCUCAGCUGCCCCGGCUGCAUGGCUCCAUGGGCCAGCGCACCGACCCUCUCGGCCGCGACCGCGACGGCAACAUGUACUGGCACCUCAGGAGCGACUCCAACUGGCUCUUCGUCGAGCAGGCCACCGCCAUCCCCACCACACACAAGAACACCCCCGCCAUCUGCCACUCGGGAUUCCCCCUCCCCGCCGGCCACGUGCUGCCUGCAAGGCUGCUGUGUCAGCGGUAUCUCGCAGAGGCCGACAAGACACACACACAACAGGAUGAUGACCCACAGCCAUCCUCACAGCAGCCUGAGCCCUCCCCACUGGAGCUCAAUGGCGUCGAACCAGACGCACCUGUCCCCGCCCCCGCCUCACCUGCGCCACCAAUCGAGCCAUCCGCCGCUGCUGGCAGCCCCCCGUCGCCCGCACACCCCUCUGCCCAUUCUGGCCGCCAUGGCCGCAACCCGCGGUCGCACUCGCCCGGACUGAAGCGAUCGGCAGGGUCGUCAAGGCGGCAUCAGCACCACGCCAAGAUCGAGAGAAAGAGAAGCCAGCAGUCGUUGGGCGGCCGGCCCGGCCACACUGCGGCGCCGCCCCGGAGCGAUUCGGCCGCUUUGAGGGAGCGGACGACCAAGUGGCUGCUCUACAAGGACGGCAAGAGCAUCGCGGGGGUCGUUGGGACGCUGUCUGACAGCAUCCCUGAGGAGAGGCGGCUCAAGCGGCGCCUCCGUCGGGGCAUGACACAGCCGUCCAUCUGCCGGAUGUCGCCACACAAGACGCCGGCGUGGUGUGUCCGCAACUUCCCUUCACGAGCCAGACAGGUCAGCCAGCCGGGUGACGCCACUGCCUCAACAGGGUGGUGCAAUCAAUGCUCACUCUCUCCUUGAUCCCUUGUGUUGCCUUCUGCAGCAAUAUCUGCGGCUGAAUCGUAUCCUAACCAACGUGACGCCCACUUCCUCUCAGGCCGCAGGCAGCGGUGACGCCGAGGUGCUGGAGUGUCCUGUGUGUGGCGACAUCUGGUUUUCGCACCAGUACCACUGCCCCCGGUCUCACGUGACGGUCGAUCGAGAGGCGGCCGAGGCGCACGAGGCUGAGUGGGGGGCCAAGGGUGGCGGCGGUGGUGGUGUGCCUGAGGUCUCUCUGGUGUUAUGGCGGCUCAAGCAGGAGCUGCUGCUCAUCGAGAAGGUCGCCACCAAACACCCCAUCAGAGGACCCUUGUGGCCAGAAAUGAGAGACAGAUGGUCAGUGGCAAGGAGACAGGCAGACAGGCAGACAGCAUCCGAUCAGCAUCUCUCCAUGCCUCAUUCAUUCAGGCUCAGGAAGGUCAAGCACGCCCAGUCGCUCCGCAACGUGACGGUGGCCGCAGCCGACGACGACGACACCAUGGAUGACGGCCAGGGACAGGCACACGGCGAGGCUGACGAUCACGACCACAGCCAUACCGUCGACCCCUCCCCAGUGCUGCAAGAUGACAGCGACGCCAGAGACAAAGACAACAUCGAUGCAGAGGAGGACCACCACGGCAGCAUGGACGUCGAUGAGGUCCACGAGGACGACAAAGCCGACGAGGACGAGGCUGUGGUGGUCGACAUCGUCAAGACCACCGAAGGCCGCAGCCGGCGCAGAGCAGCCCCGCCCCCCGGCGCCUUCAGGGAGAUGAAUGCCCCCUCGGCCGCAUCGAUGCUCGUGGUCAGUGGCAAUUCAAUGUCCACGCGACGGUCUCGCCACCAGGACCACAGCGCUGAUGAUGUGUGGGAGGACGCCGGGCCCCCCCUGGAGCUCAAGCCCACCACUAGCGGCAGCGGCAGCGGCAAGACGGCCAAUCGGCCCCGUGGGCGGGCCAAGGGGACGUUCAGUCUCGACGUGGAUGCCGGCGUGUCAGUUGGGCUGGUGGAGUGCGCGUGGGUGCUGAUGCAUCACCUGGACCUCACGCCGGCCAGUGUGGCUGCCUGGUACUCGAAGCCGACCUACUCUGAGUGGGCCUCCAUCAAGACCACCGGCAAGUUUGCCUACCAGCUGUACGUCCUCGACCGCGCCCUGCUGUAUGUGGGCGUUCCAGGCAAGCCGUCCAUGCCGUCCUACGCGCCGGACAACAAUUUCACGCCCUCAUUCUUCGGCGAGUUCGAGCCCUCGACCAUCCCACGAUGGUGCACCGACGCCCGCAGUCUGUUGUCGUUGCUGCCGACGCUAUCGAAUCCCUGGAUCGGCAGGGAGGGCUAUGAGAAGCUGGGUGUGGGCAAGUCGGCCGGCAAUGCGCUCAAGAUAUGGGGGACGGAGAGGGGUAUUCGGGAGAGCGGCCUGGGGGAUCGGACCAGCACCCCAGCACCGGCUAAACCGAUACACAAGCGACCUCAUGUGGUGCCCCCGAUGCCGCUGAUCAACCGGUCUACCUCCCAGCCGCUGAUCAACCCGCUCCCGAGCCCGAGCCGCCCUGCUAUUGACAUCGGGAUGCCCUUGUCUAUGCGUGGGGCGCGCGGGCCCGCGCAACGGCGGAGAGAAGAGCCGUCAGCCUCGUCGGCAUCUUCUGCGGCGAGGGCGAGGGAGAGAGGCGGUAUCCACCGGCACCACAGCAUGCCCCUGAUGCCGCCCAUGGUGCACCUGCCGCCCCCGCCCCACUGGCGGCCCCCUCCGGCACACUACCCCUACCACACACCACACCCCGGCACGGCCUUCUACCCACAGCCUUACAGGCUCACCUGACCUGACUUCUAAUGGGUGUUGUUUGCUGCUGGUCGUCUGUCUGCUGCGAGUUGAUUGAGAUGUGGCCUUCGUAUACGGGAAGAGUACAUGGGCGGCAUGGCUGGGUGGCUAGAUGUGUCUCCACUGUCUGUGGAGUCCGAAAGAGACGAUUUAUGUGUGUGGCUGCAUAGCGGGAGUAGUAUAGCGUGCCGUGAUUGGGCAACGGCUAAGCGAGGUUCUUUGUGGUCGGGUACGGGUACCUUAUCUCUCUCGCUCUCCAGAGCUGCUAUCGUAGGACGGAC